CGAUCGGUUUCAGUUGAUCGUUGGAAAAUUUCUCCGAUGCACGCCGGAUCUGCUCCCGAUAAGACGGGAUUCGUUCGAUAGCAGCAGGCAAAACAGCAAUCAGCCUACUAGGAUCAAGAAAUUGUUAUGUAAAAAGUGAGAGUGAAACGGAACACGCUUUGGAAAGUCGGAAUCGGAAGUUUUCUGUAAAGUGAUUUCAAGGAAGGAAUAGAAAGUGUCAUUUGUGCAAUUAUGAGUCCAUUUGAACCGAUAAUUGUACUGAGUGGGGCGAUUAUUCUAAUAUCUGUGAUCAAUGUAGGCGACUGUGCGUUGCCAAGCGUCAUGAAGGUGUGCGCUCGGGAUGAACCCAAGCUAGAGCAGUGCAUCAUCGACGCGGUGGAGCACAUUCGGCCCAACCUGGCGAACGGAGACUUCGGGCCGGAAUUUAUGGUACCGUCGAUAGAACCGCUCUACCUGGAACUGGUGAAAAUACAGCAAGGCAAGGAUCUUCAGGCGACGUUCACCAAGAUUAACAUUUAUAACGUCAGCACCUUCAAGCUCGAACGAAUUCAGGCCAAACCGAGCAAUUUGUCAUUCGACAUCGCAUUGACGAUACCGAAACUCAACUUCAGCGGAAAUUACGCACUUAAAAUGAAGAUACUGGUGCUCAAUUUGCAAGGCAAAGGAAACAUAACCGGGGUGCUCUCUAAGGUACGCAUCGGGUUUCGGGUCCGAGGUUUCACGGAGAAUGUCAACGGCACCGACUACGUGCGAUUCCACCGGCUUGGCCUACGGAUAAAGGUCGAGGACGGAAGGUUCGCGUUGGACAACCUGUUCGGAGGCGAUCCGGCACUCGGCAAGAUCGGCAAUCAGGUGAUCAAUGAAAAUUCAAGAAUUUUCAUUGACGAAAUGAUACCGGGCUUGGAGCGGAGCCUGAGCAAAACUUUUACCGGGAUCGUCAACAAACUGCUCAAGAUGGCUACCCUGGACGACUUGUUCCCGGAGAAAGUCGAGAAGGUCGACAAAGCAGAGAAAACCGAAAAAGUAGACAAAGUCAACAAAGAGGAAAAAGACGAGAAAGCUAAGAAUGAGGAGAAAGACGAUAAACCCAAGAAAGAGGAGAAAGACGAGAAAUCCAAGAAAGAGGAGAAAGAGGAGAAAGACGCGAAAUUGAAGAAAGAGGAGAAAGACGAGAAAUCCAAGAAAAAGGAAAAAGACGACGAAGCCAAGAAAGAGGAGAAAGACGAGAAAACAAAAAAAGACAAUAACGUGAAGAAAGAUGAGAAAGCAGAGAAAGCCAAGGAGUGAGGACCAUUAGGUGGUGAUUUGCGCAUGCAUCGCGCUUUUUGUGAUAUGUGCUGUGUUAUUUUACUUGCAAAUAUAGUAGAGAGGUUUGAAACACUGGAAUGGAGAUGUGGUUCAAAAUUUUAUUGCAAAACAGAAUUUAAUAAAAUAAUUCCAUUUCGAAUUCCUUGUAGGUUUUGAUGAUAUCGAGUGAAACUAUUACUCGUAAAAUAUUUUAAUUCAAUCGGACUAGGUGAUACUCGAGAUUAGCAAGACAAGCACAAAAUAGCGAAUUGAUGGAAUAGUUAUUGAAAUAAAUUCUUUGUCAAUACGCACCGA